AUGAGUAACGAAAAAUAUCUCAUUUUACCAGGUCCAAAAGCCUUAUCUCCUUUUAGGGUUAACAAUUUAGUUCAAGAAAUUGAAAAGAAGUUGAAUAAGCCCUCAGUUGUUAAGGAGGUUGUUUCUUCGUAUGUUCAUUAUAUUUCAUUGAAGGAAAAAUUAAGCGACAAACAAUUAGAUUUAGUUGAUGUCUUAUUGCAAUACGAUACUCCGGUUGAUCUUUCAGAUAAGUUGACUCAGAAGUUAGUAGACAUUUCUCGUAUAAGCGGCGAUGAUGCGGACGCUCAAGAGAAGUUUGGAUUAGAGAAUGAUACCUAUAUUAUUAGAAUAUUACCAAGAUCAGGUACUAUUUCGCCAUGGUCGUCAAAGGCUACCGAUAUUGCUAAUAUUUGUGGUUUGAAAGAUAAAGUUGAAAGAAUCGAACGUGGUUUGAAUUUGCUUAUUAAGGUUGAAUCUGGCUUCCCAUUAUCGGAUUACUUAUCAUCGGGCGAGAUUUUGACUUCGGUUUUCGAUAGAAUGACUCAAGUUUUGUAUUUGGGGGACCAUUUCCCUAAAUAUGAUGACUUGUUUGCUCAUCAUUCGCCUAAGCCAUUAGUCGAAAUUGAUUUGAUUGCAAGUACCGAUAAUUUGAUCAAGGCUAACAAAGAAAUGGGUUUAGCUUUGGAUCAAGGUGAGCUUGAAUACCUUACCAAUGCGUUUACUGAAAUUAUUGGUAGAAACCCAACUGAUGUUGAAUUAUUCAUGUUUGCCCAGGUCAACUCUGAACAUUGUCGUCACAAAAUUUUCAAUGCUGACUGGACAAUUGAUGGUGCUAAAAAAGAUUUAUCAUUAUUUAAAAUGAUUAGAAACACUCAUGCCAAGAAUCCCCAAUAUACCAUUUCCGCUUAUUCUGAUAAUGCUGCUGUUUUUGAAGGUCCAGAAGGUUAUGUCUUUACUCCUGACUUUGAAACAAAGCAAUGGAAAUCCAUUAAAGAAAAGGUUCACACAUUAGUCAAAGUCGAAACCCAUAAUCAUCCUACUGCUGUGUCUCCAUUUGCUGGUGCUGCAACUGGAUCUGGUGGUGAAAUCAGAGAUGAGGGUGCAGUCGGUCGUGGUUCAAAGUCGAAGGCUGGUUUAGCUGGGUUUUCGGUUUCAGAUUUAAAUAUUCCAGAUUUACCACAACCUUGGGAAAGAGAUAUAGGUAAGCCAAACCAUAUUGCUUCGUCCUUAGAUAUCAUGAUUGAAGCUCCAAUCGGUUCAGCUGCAUUCAACAAUGAGUUUGGUAGACCAGCAAUUAAUGGUUACUUUAGAACAUUGACCACUGAGGUUGAAAACUAUAAAGGAGAAAACGAAAUUAGAGGUUUUCACAAGCCUAUUAUGUUGGCAGGUGGUAUGGGUGCUAUUAGACCGGACUUGGCAUUAAAGAAUACCAAAAUCACUCCAGGUGCUCAGUUAAUUGUUCUUGGUGGUCAGUCUAUGUUAAUUGGUUUAGGUGGUGGUGCUGCUUCAUCUAUCUCAUCUGGUGAAGGUUCUGCUGACUUGGAUUUCGCUUCUGUUCAAAGAGGAAACCCUGAGAUCCAAAGAAGGGCUCAACAAGUCAUUGAUGCUUGUGUAUCUUUAGGAGGUAAAGGAAAUCCAAUUCAGUCUAUUCAUGAUGUCGGUGCAGGUGGUUUAUCUAAUGCUUUGCCAGAAUUGGUCCACGAUAAUGAUUUGGGUGCUAAGUUCGAAUUAAGAUCAAUUUUAUCAUUAGAACCAGGUAUGUCUCCUAUGGAAAUUUGGUGUAAUGAAUCUCAAGAAAGAUAUGUUUUAGGUGUUGCACCUGAGAACUUAGACAUGUUCAGCAAGAUUUGUGAAAGAGAAAGAGCUCCAUUUGCAGUAGUGGGUGAAGCAACUGAAGAACAAAGAUUAAUAUUAACUGACUCUUUGUUAAAAUCUACUCCAAUCGACCUAGACAUGUCAGUAUUAUUCGGUAAGGCACCUAAGAUGUCGAGAACAGCUGUUACUCAACCAUUGAAUUUAAAGCCAUUCGAAACAAGUGACUUGAAGUUAGAAGAAUCCAUUGAAAGAGUAUUGCAAUUACCAUCAGUUGGUUCAAAGAAUUUCUUAAUUACUAUUGGUGAUAGAUUUAUUACUGGUUUGGUUGAUCGUGAUCAAAUGGUUGGUCCAUGGCAAACUCCUGUGGCUGAUGUUGGUGUUACUGCAACCUCAUUAGGUGAGACUGUUCUUUCAACAGGUGAAGCUUUAUCUAUGGGUGAAAAACCUACGUUGGCUUUGAUUUCUGCUGCUGCAUCCGCUAAAAUGUGUGUAGCUGAAUCAUUGAUGAAUAUUUUUGCUGCAGAUAUUCCUGCAUUAGACAGAAUUAAAUUAUCUGCUAAUUGGAUGUCCGCUGCAUCUCAUGAUGGUGAAGGUGCUAAGUUAUAUGAAGCUGUCCAAGCUAUUGGUUUAGAUUUAUGUCCAGACUUAGGUAUUUCUAUUCCAGUUGGUAAAGAUUCUAUGUCUAUGAAGAUGAAAUGGGAUGAUAAGGAAGUUACUGCGCCAUUAGCUUUAACAGUUACUGCUUUUGCUCCUGUCGACAAUACUUCUAAGACUUGGACUCCACAAUUGCAAAAUACUGGAGAAGAAACCACUUUAGUCUUAGUUGAUUUAGCAGCUAAUAUCAAAAAAUCCUUAGGUGGUUCCGCGUUAGCCCAGGUUUACAAAAAGGUUGGUGAUUCAGCACCAACUGUUCACUCGAAUACGACUUUCAAAUCGUUCUUACAGACAUUAGUUGUCUUACAUAAGCAAUUCAAUGUUUUGGCUUACCAUGACAGAUCAGAAGGUGGUUUAAUUACUACUAUUUUGGAAAUGGGUUUCGCUGGAAGAACUGGUAUUGAUUUAGAAAUUACUGGUGAUGAUUUGUUAACUGAAUUAUUCAAUGAAGAAUUAGGGGCUGUUUUCCAAAUCGAAGCAAACGAAUACGAACAAUUUGUUAAGAUAUUUGAAACUAAUGGUAUUUCAAAGGAUUUCAUUUCAAAUGUCGGUAAGCCUAAUUUCCAAUCUAAGGAUCAAAAGGUCAGCAUUAAGUUCAAUAAUGAGGCUGUUUAUGAAAAAUCUCGUAGUGAAUUACAACAGUUAUGGGCUAACACCUCUUACCACAUUCAGAAAUUAAGAGACAAUCCAAAGACCACACAAGAGGAAUACGAUUCGAUUAAAGAUAACAGCGAUCCUGGUUUGUCAUAUCAAUUAACCUAUAACGUCUCUGAUGAUUUGGGAGUUUCCAAAUUAACUACCAAACCAAAGGUUGCUAUCUUAAGAGAGCAAGGUGUUAACUCGCAACAAGAAAUGGCAUGGUGUUUCCAACAAGCCGGCUUUGAUGUUGUUGACGUUCAUAUGUCGGAUAUUUUAAGUGGCAGAGUUACCUUAGAUGAUUUUGUUGGGUUAGCUGCAUGUGGUGGUUUCUCAUAUGGUGACGUUUUGGGUGCCGGUGCUGGUUGGGCUAAAUCUGUCUUGUUCAAUGAAAGAGCACGUAACGAAUUCAAAAAGUUCUUCCAAGAUAGAGAGGAUACUUUUGCAUUCGGUGCCUGUAACGGGUGUCAAUUCUUCGGUAGAAUCGCUGAAUUAAUUCCUGGUACUGAAAACUGGCCAACCUUCGAAAAGAACUAUUCAGAACAAUACGAAGCUAGAUUUGUCAUGGUUGAAGUCACUGAUGACUCAAGUAACUCUAUUUUCUUGAAUGGAAUGAAGGGUUCCAAAUUACCAAUUGCUGUCGCCCACGGUGAAGGUAGAGCAUCCUUCAAGUCUGACGACCUGAAACAACAAUUCAUCAAUAAUGGUUUGACUUCAGUGAGAUACGUUGACAAUUACGGAAAUGUAGCUAAAAGCUAUCCUUUCAAUCCAAAUGGUUCUCCAGAAGGUAUUGCCGGUAUUUCCUCGCCAAAUGGUAGAGUGUUAGCCAUGAUGCCUCACCCAGAGAGAGUUUGCAGAAAGGAAAGUAACUCUUGGUAUCCAUCAGAACAAGGUGAAGAAUGGGGUAGUUAUGGUCCUUGGAUCAGAUUGUUCAGAUCUGCCAGAAAGUGGGUUGGUGACAACCAUUGA